AUGAAUAAUCUGAGCGGAGCAUCGUCCGGUCAGGGUCGCAUUGGCGGGCCUGUCUUAGUCCCGAAGGCCCCAGAUCAUUUCAGCGAUGAGACAGUGUCAACAGAAUCAUCGCUGAGCGCCUACAACGGUUACAAGUCUUUCAACAGUAAUCGCUAUGAUAAGAACUGUUCCGCAGGAGCAUCUUCUGCAGCGCCAUACGAUCACAGUGGGGAUAAAAGUCAACACUUUGUUCAGCAGCACGAAUACGAUUACUAUGGGGGGAAGAACUACAACAACGUCGACGGCGACUACGACAAUUCGAAUAAGCAAGGAGAUAUCUACGAUACAGUUCCUCGAGUUGAGAAAGAUUUGUGUACCUUCGUCUGGGACAUAAUUGUGGCGCAUCUUCUACGCAAUCCAGCAGGACGCUUCGCUGAUCCGCAACUUCCAUACGGCUACGACCCGAACUUCCAAGCGCCUCUAUUCGUAGUUUUUUGAGACUAUGUUGAGCAACGAAAAGUUGAUAACAGUAUCCCACUUGCUUCAGUUGUUGCGUCGUCCCACUGUAAUUAAUCUAGUUCUAGUAGUGCUAUCAGCUAAAGAACACAUUAGAAUGAUAAACUACGCCUUACGUUUCUUCAUCUUUUUCGCUUUUUUCAGGUGACAUGGAACAAGUGGGCUGGGCCAUACGAGAAUCUACGUGGUUGUAUAGGCUGUUUGGAGCCGCUUUCCUUGGACCCAGGAUUGAAGGAUUACGCGUUCAAAGCUGCCUUUGAAGAUAGCAGAUUUUCUCCUAUUGAAGCCAACGAACUCAGUACUAGAAAAUAGUGCAAGUGUAGGCUCACAUUUAAGACUUUGGCGUUACUUUCAACCAAGAUGGCGAUUUUAACGCUUUCAGGAAAUGGAUGCCCUAUCUUUGAUCAUGCUAGAGAAUAGUCAACUGCGCUUUAGCAACACCUCAAUCUCAAUCAAAAUACAGGUUCCCUAACGUGUCAAGUAUCUGUUUUGCACAGUUUCGAGGAGUGUCGGCAUUGCUACGAGUGGGUCGUCGGAAAGCAUGGGCUGAUCAUAAACUUCACAUGCCCGAUGACUGGCAGGUAUUGCUUAAUUGAAUUAAUGCCAGUAGGUACUAGACUCCAUUCUUACUACUUUCUCGUAUAGAUGUCAUUCCAUGCAACAGUCAUUGGCCAGACAUCGAUAACCUAACCUAACUAGACUCCGUCGCAUAGCAGUGACUGAUUGACUUCUUGUUCCUUCCCCCGUGUUGGCAAGUUGGGCGUGCUUUUUCUCGUGGUCUCGUUCGUUCUCUCAGCUUCAAAGCAGGUUGUCGUAAUUGUCUCUAGAUUUACAUAGCGCGGACCCAGCACAAGGGCCAUCUAGCAUAGUUAUCAUCGCAUUCCAAAAUUAUGACCCAGGAAGCACAGCGCGACUUACCUGCCUGAGGUCGCUGCGGAGCAUGAAAUGAGCCGCGAGACCGCCAUCGAAGAGCUAUGCAAGAAGAGUGGCUACCGCAAGGCUAUCGACCAGUCUCUCUUGGAUUCCAUGAGCGUAACGCGUUACCAGUCCAUAAGAGUCAAAAUGGACGCCCAGGAAUACCAGAAUCAAACUGGUGCAGACUUUCGGCGACAAUUUUCUUCGAAUAAGUAAUAAUUUUAAGGCUGAUGACUUUCCAUGUGAACUUGAUACGUAAUCAUCUUCCGAUGCAUCUAGUUGUUUGACGUCUUUGGCUUCUAGGUUCUAUUUCAAGGAAUUUGAACCUUUGACUCCUUAGACAGUCCCUUCACGAUUUUCAGCUCUAAUCAUUGUUCGUCCUCGUGAGAGGAUGUGGAUGACCACGCUGCGCGACAAAUGUUUACAUGUAUCGCUACUGCUGCGGCAGGAGCACUGGCAGUUUUAAUCGGCUCGGAGAACAGGGCUCGAUGUGCCAUUUUGUGACCUCUUACGCUGUACCCCGAUGAGACAAGUUUUGACCCGGCACUUUUCUACUCCGAUAUCUCAUAUCUGUUUUCCAGUACUCCCCCACUUUCUCGGAGAUCAGUUCCUCGUCCCAUAUCUGCGCUUCUUUACAAGAUCAUCAUCGCUGAAAAAUUUUCAACCUUCUUUCUAUAUCCAGGAGCUUCUAUAAUUAUAUCAGUUCAUUCAAGAAAAAGGAUUAGUACGAGCUCUACCCGCCAUGAUUCAAGAACAAAGAGAAAUAUUAUAUUUUUUGAUGGAAAAUUUGGAUUUUGGGCUGUUUCAUCGAUAUGAACAUCCUCUCAAAGUUUUGUUGACAAAGGAAACCAUUGUUUCCCAUAUUAUCUGACGAAUAAAUCUAGAAGAAAGCCAUCCCCUUAGAGAAUCAAAUGUUCAACAUAGCUGUGUGUUAAAGCAUGAGAAGUUUCUUCGAUUUAGAAUGAAUAAAUGACAUUCAUAAAAAUGUGGAUAAGGAUGAUGAAUCAUAUUUUGUUUAAUAUUAAUUUCCAAAUUUUAGGGUAGUAUGUGUAUGCCAAUUGAAUACACCUCCCAGCCUCCUUCUCGGUUAACUCUUUGUAAAGUAAACAGAAGUUGUAGAAGUUGUGCUGUACCCUAUUGAUCAAUGAUCAUAUUCAGGGAGAAAAGCAUGUUUCUUCCCUAAACGGAUGUAAUACAUUCCUCUCGCCUUUUCGUAAAAGCUAUUUGUGGUGGCUAAUCCGCAGGCAAUUCGCCUCUGAGUUUUCGCACUACAUAGAUAGAGACGAGACUACGUGUGUUGGCGCAACAGAGUAGAGCAUCACUAUGUACUUGCGAUCAAAUUUGUCUCUGUACUUUCGCUUAAGACUCAUGUCUCGCAUAAGGUGCACUUCCGAUAUUAUUGUUCUUUAUCGGUUUAGUUUGAUGCUUUCAGGUGAGUUACAUCAGGCUGGGGUUGACUAACAUAAUCGGAGUGGUACACAAAGUUCAUACGAUUAGAAAAUGGUGAUACUAGAAGUAGUAUAUUAAAUGAUUGUUCUUUCAUCUCAAAAGAUUGCAGAUACCAACUUGGGUACUUGUUCUUCUGGUCAAUCAUGAAAUAUUUUUUAAAGAGGAGCAAAACCAAUUUUUUCAUGCUAGAAAGUAGUUUAUGGAUUGAUUUUUAUGAAAUGUGAUCACGAUGAACAAGAUGAAUGAUUCCUUCACAAGGUUAACUGAAAAUCGAUGCUUAUCACCCCUCACCCACGCAUGUCCUGUUUUGAAAUAAUGAAUGUUCUUGUAAACUUGAAAUUUUGACCAAUAUAGUAAAUGAAAUGAAAAUGUCUAUGCCGUUGGACAAUUUAUGAAAUCUUUAGAGCCUCCACACUUCGUCAACGUUGCUGCGAUGUCCGACCGAGC